AUGGGCAUUCCGGUGUCCCGGCUCAGCAAGAGCAACAUGCAGUUCCACGGGGUAAUUCCCAGGAAGAAGGCCAAGUCAAUCGGGAAAAUUGCCUUCGACGUCGUAUUCGGCAAAAAGUGGAACUUCAGAAAGGAGCUGCUAACUUUUGAAGUGGUAGACUUCCAUAGUGCUUACCACACCAUCCUGGGUAGGCCAGCCUAUGCACGUUUCAUGGCCCGCCCAUGUUACGUAUAUCUUGAACUUAAGAUGCCAGGGCCGAGUGGUGUGAUCACUGUCACAAGCAAUCGGAAGUUAGCCGAGGAGUGGCUCCAAAAAGGCUCCCAGAUCGCUGAUGAGAAGAUGGCGAUGGCUGAGUUGGACGAGUACAAGAAAGCGGUGGAUUGGAAUGAUCUGCUGAACUCCAAAAAGCCGACUGUGGAAUCCGCUUUCCUGUCGGCAGGGGAGACGAACCCAGUGCAUGUUCAUCCUGAGGAUCCAAGUAUCGCCCCAACCAACAUCUCCAUGACCCUUGAAAGCAAAUAG